UCCUACUUAUAAAAAGCUUGAUAUUUAUGCAGUUUUGUAAAAGCGUUUAUGGUUACCGAUCGAAAGGUAUGCAAGGCGUCAUUAGUUACUGGAUGUGUCAGAUGUUGUAUUCUCUCAGGGAUAUACUGACAAACAGUCUGUAGGACUGUGACAGUAUUUAUUUAGAGAUAUACAAGUCAUGAAUAAACUGUGAUGGAUUUCACAAAACAACUCCUUCCAGAAUUAGUAGACAAAAUUUUGUCAUACUUUACUGAAAAAGAACUUGUGGCUUUUUCAAAAUGUUGUGUCAGAUGGAGGGACAUCACAAAUAAAGAUAGUUUGUGGUUACAUCAUUGUAUGGUUCGAGGUUGGCUAAGAUUUGGCUUGAAUGGGGACAUUAACAGAGAAAACCAUUUGAAUGUAAAGAUGACAAAUGUUGCUGGAAACUCACCAGUUUUCCGUUUAUAUGUUCCAGAAGAGACAACAUUAUCACCAAUUUGUAAAUGGAAGAAUAUUUUUAUCCGUGUUCAUCAUCUAAAUAAAAACUGGGUCAAAGGUCGCUACACAGUUUCUCCAUUGUUGAAAGGUCAUACAGAAAAAGUGACAGCCAUAGAGUGUAAUGGGAAGUACAUUGUUACAGGAAGUGAGGACAAGUCAUUGCGACUGUGGGACAUGUCUCAAGCUAAAUGUAUCAAGAAACUUGAUGGACACCUUGACUCCAUUACAAAAAUUAUUUGGAAGGGAAACACAAUAAUCACUGGUUGUGCUGAUAGUUCUAUACGUGUUAUAGACUCCAGUAAUUUUGCCAUAUUGUUUUCACUACAAGGACAUGGAGGCAGUGUUGAUCACAUGACUCUCGUUGGUAAAGUACUGGUUUCUGCGGCAACUGACAGGUAAUCUUAGACUCUUAGU